AUGGCGCUGCUCUCCGCCACUUCACCCGCAAAGGCGCACUUCUCGGCGCUCCUCUUCUGCCACGACGAGCCGCAACAGCACCAGCACGCGCUCCCUGUCCCGCACCCGCAGAGCUUCGGCGGCGGCAACAAGGCCAGGCAGCGGGCGCGGGGCAGGUGCGCGGCGGCGUCAAUGCGGCUUCCCGACGCGUCCGUCGCUUCCGCGCCCGCCCCAGCGGCCGCGGCCGGCGAGGCGCGGCGGAAGAAGAAGCCCCGGGUGCUGGUGGCCGGUGGCGGCAUCGGCGGGCUGGUGUUCGCGCUGGCGGCGCGGCGCAAGGGGUACGACGUGACGGUGUUCGAGCGCGACAUGAGCGCGGUGCGCGGGGAAGGGCAGUACCGCGGGCCCAUCCAGAUCCAGAGCAACGCGCUGGCCGCGCUCGAGGCCAUCGACAUGUCCGUCGCCGAGGAGGUCAUGCGCGUCGGCUGCGUCACCGGCGACCGCAUCAACGGCCUCGUCGACGGCAUGUCCGGCUCCUGGUACGCCCCACCCCCAUUCCUCCUUCCUUUCCUGCAAAGUGCAACUUGCCAUCUGUGUCUCGGAUUCGGAUCACUUGCUCUGUUUCUGCGUGCGCUGUGCUCGCGUCUUUGCAUCUGCCGCCGUAGCGCCGCCGUCUGGUGCGCACCGCUACGCUACUACUCUACAAAGUGCAGCGCCUUGGAAUUCGGUUAUCCUUAA